CGCACGUCGUAAGCCCCUAUUCUCUGCGGUCUAGUCAGCUUUCCUAAAUAACACGUGGCAGACUUAAUUCCUUCCAACUACACUAGGAGCUCUCUUCUAGAGUUAACCAUGGCCGAGAAUUUAGUGUCGUGGCAGACAGCUUUUUGGUCCCUUGUGCCAAUCGCGCUCAAUACAAUGCUACAGCCCUCCGGGCGUGUCUGCGGCUUGGACCCAGAGCUCCACACCUACCUAACCAGCUCCCCAUUGGUGUGUGCUUUUGACAGCAUAGUCAUCCUUGUGCGCUUUCUUGCAAGCUGGGAAUAUUCCCGAUCUUUCCGAUUCGCAAUUCACGACACACUUGAAGAGCGUUUCCCCUCGCCGGCACAGCCCACCAGUGGCCUACGAACCCUGGAAUCCGCAACUUUCAUUUGCUGGCUCGGCUUCAUCGUUGGCACCCUUCCGCAAUUUAUUAAACAGCACGCCCUUACAGGCGUGCCGUGGACCCAGGCCUGGGCGUGGAUGUACCUGAUUAAUUUCUCUCUCGUCGAGAUCCUGUUCUUCCUAGACAACAUCAUGGGCCCACCGUCGCCACCUGCACGUCCCUUCUAUCCCGACCCGCUCUACCCUGAUCUGAUAGGAUAUCGCCUCCCCACCUUUAACCGCGUCUGUAGCUUCCUAGCACUUGCGACCCACUUCUAUCUUGUUGAAUGGACCUGCAAAUCUCUGGUCGCCCUCCAUAGCGAACCCUUUUAGUGGUCUGCCGGGAUAAUUGUGCUAUUUGUUAUAGUACCAUGCGUGGCCAUUGGAGCUUAUUUCGUCUACCGCUAUUGCAUCCGUGAUCGAAUAAGUAUCCGCGAGCGUCACUACCCGAUCAUAUUUCGCCCUCAAACGUACUUCCUCGUCACAGCCCCCAUGAACAUCGGCACGUUAAUCCUACUCGUCGUCCUUGUCGAGUUUAUGUAAUAUGCGGUGGGCCUGCUGAGUUGGCCCACGUGGAA